AUGCAAAAGAAAUACCUUCCAACAAAAGAGACAGUACCUUUGACUGUGCCUUUGAGUCGUAGGGCGCAAUCCUUAAAAAAUUUUAGAAGGGGCUCAUCAACGUAUAGCAGAGUAAAUAAAAAUAACGGGUUUUUUAGGAUGGACUCCCAAAUUAAACAAGCAGUUAGC